AUGGCCAAAGCCAGGACUGAGUCUGAAAGGCGAGCCGCUCUUACCAAGGGUAGGGCUCCGCACGAGCUACCUUGGUAUAAAACAGAUUUCGAAGAGGUGCCGGAACCUGCGAAGACCAUCCUGGAGAAUUAUAGCAAGAUUCCACCAGAUCAGGUGCUACAGCAUGUGAAAGAUGUGCGGGAUCGCGCUUUCGAAGUGUUCCCUUAUCCUUGUAUCGGGUCAUUCCGGUUCCUGGAUAUGAGUAUCCCCAAGUUACCAGUCUACCCUGAGAUUCUCGAACGAUUGAAAUCAGGCCAGAAGCUUCUGGAUAUGGGCUGUGCUAUUGGACAAGAGCUGCGGCACCUGGCUUACGACGGUGUCCCAUCCGAAAAUUUAUACGCCUCUGACCUCCACAAAAAAUUCUUUAACAUGGGCUAUGACCUCUUCGCGGACCGUGAAACCCUCAAAUCCAAGUUCAUCGCAUCUGACAUCUUCGACGAUGACUCCGAUCUCGUGAGAGACCUCACUGGUAAACUGGAUAUCAUCAACACGGCCUCGUUCUUUCACCUGUUCGGUUGGGACCAGCAGAUAGUUGUUGCCAAGCGCGUUGUUAGCUUGCUUCGUGCACAGCCUGGUUCACUUCUGAUUGGACGCCAGGUUGGGUGUGCUGAUCCUGACGAUACUAAUAAUGAGGGCAAGGAGUCACUGAUUUACCGCCAUAAUCUGGAGACAUGGAAGAGCCUUUGGAGACAGGUUCAGGAGGAGACCGGGACGCAAUGGGAGAUUGAGGGGGGAUUUGAGGAUUGGAGUGCCUAUACUAAAGGUGUAAUGAGGGUUCUCCAUGGCGAUAACCCCAUUAGGAUUUGGUUCGUUGUGAGGCGGGUUUAG